GAAUCGUAAUUUAUGAUGACUGUAUCGACUACCACAAAAAAGGAUGCAGCCCUGAAUAUUGGUCUUAUAUCAAAGCAAGAACGCCAAUGGGUUAUUACAAUGAAAACAACAAACCGCCAUGUGAAAGGCGCACUUCUUCACAAAUUUGUGGUGGAUACGGCUGGACAAAACUGGGAACAGUUAAUGCGACCAUGAUGGAUACUUCUUACAACUCUGCUAUGUGGACAUCAAAAGGACCGUAUCAAACAGCAUUUAAUCCUAUGUUUUGGAGCACAUAUGUCAACGAAGUGUGUGUCAUGGCCGGUGGCAUCCAUUAUAAUAUUUCAGUUAAGGCUCCUUCGAUGCGUAGUCUGUUUUUUGAGAAAAAAAAAUUGAACUUGUCUUCCCAAGAAUGGUUGAAAGGUAUCAAAAAUUACAAUUACACAACAAAGUUUAACUUUGUCCCAGGCUGCUACGAAGCGGGCUUUAACGUUGGGGAUCAUUACAACUCGACAUCUUUGCGCGCACGCUUUGGAAUUGUUAGCCUGAAGAAAAAAGGCUGUCCCAAUAAAGACCAAGCGAUUGGUAUCGGACUGCACAUUCCAGGAAAAUACCGUCCGUUGUCAAUAUACUCAAUCGGGUCCUGGUAUUCAACAGAAGUAGAAACCGAUUACAUCAAAAUUUACGUGCGCUCUCGUUCCGUCAACUAAAGUCCAUCAUAUUAAUGACAAAUACGUUCCCUUUAAAAAUAAUGAAAAAAAACAAAAAUUCGGCUAAAGUUUUAAAUGCAAAUCCUAAGUCAAUGAUUGUGUUUCUACCGAUUGUUGUUGGAAGUAUAGUCACCGGAAUAAGGCUUUUGGCGGUGAAGAUUGCGUAUUAACUCUGGGAUUUGGAUUUAAAAUAGAAACAAAAUGGUGGCGAUAUAACUUAAUGAUGUAUUACAUUCAUACUAUUCAACUAAAUGACAAGCACUACAUUCCGCACAAGGACUUUCCUGUGGACUCACAUAUAAUAAUUCAUGAGAAUUUCUUAACAAAUCAAUAUUUUUUAAUGAUUGCAUAAUUAUAUUACGAAACGGAUAUAUAUAUGGUAUAAGUUGUAUCUCGUAAUAAAUAAUAAAUAUAGUCAUCUAUCAGUACUAUAAUAAUAUAAUUAUAUAUAAAUAUUUUUCAGUCACCUUUAGAGUCUUUUUGUAUGAGUACACGUAUAGUCAGUGGCAGAUCUAUUAUAAGUCAUGUAAUUUACGCAACUUACGUAUACAUUUUACCAAGAAACCACAAUUUUUCAAAUCAA